AUGGAUUAUUGUGGCGCCAUAAUAUAUCCAGAGUUCUUCCCCGAACUCGUGUUGGACAAUAUAUUUUCACACUUGGAGUUGCCCGAUUUGCUUAGCUGCAUGUUGGUUUGCCGAAAUUGGAAUCAGGCAAUCAACGGCGAUUCAACGGAGCCGUGGAAAUCGAUGUGUCGCUUCCAGACGUCCGAUAAAUUUUUGAACUCGGAACAUUUAUCAUCAAUGAGCAGCUACAAAGACAAAUUACGCGCCAUACUUAAUUCAUGGAAUCCAAAGGAUUGUUCCCCGAACAUUGCCGUCGAAAAUUAUGGUUUCACAUUCCUUCGCAAUCUAGUCGCAGACAGUACGGAUAUGGUACGGACUAAAACUGGUUAUAACACUGGUAAACACAUUUGGGAAAUUACAUGGAAUCAACCACUAGGUACAGUUGCGAUGGUUGGUGUGUCAACAAAAGAGGCGCCAUUGCAAUGUAGUGGUUACAAACAUCUGUUGGGCUUUAACAAACAUAGUUGGGGUUGGGAUUUAGUUGGUAACUAUUUGGUACACAAUGAAAUAUCAUAUGGUGCCUACCCAUUGUUAAGGAAUGCUCCUGAAUAUAAAUUUGGUGAAAAAUUACUUUUAGUACUAGAUUGUGAGAAUGGUACUUUGCACUUUGAAAAAUGUAAUACAUUUUUAGGUAUAGCUUUUACACAAUUACCUGAUACUAAAUUAUAUCCUACAGUGUCAGUUGUUUAUGGUAACAGUAAUGUAUCAGUGCUGUAUAUUGGUAACAAGGGGUUCACGUCACGCAAAACCUAA